AUGCUGCAAGCUAUUCAGACGCUGAAAAACCUUGUCCUAAGUUCACUUGACGCCCAUGACGGACACAUACAAUAUUUUGACGGGCAAUACGUCCUCUAUGGCACUUCUUACGACUGCGGGUUUCGCUGGAUGAACCCAGUCCCGACUUCCAAAGACAAUUUCUGUGGAAUCAAAGUAUACAGCAGCCCGGAUCUGGUGUCAGGGACUUAUGAAGGCUAUGCGUACGAUAAGGAAAAGUAUCCUAACCUAGGCUUUCUUCCUAAAGUCGAGUACCGAAACGCUUAUGGCUAUACAAUAGCAAAAACAAUCGGUGAUUUCGCUGUUCAACAAGAUGAAAAUUCCACCGUCUGGAUAGCGUACUCGCCGGGCAUCUUUGGCAACGCCACGCUUGAGAAGCUGACAGACGACUGGCUCAACGGAACAGGCAUCGCGACAGUCCUUCCUGUCUCGUUGAUUGAAGCACACGGUCUCACCAUCGUCGAUGAUGUGUGGUAUUGGAUGUUCGGUUCGCUGUGCGGCUAUUGCAACUCAACCGACACCUCCUUCGUGACAGCAAGCACACCCUUUGGUCCGUGGAGCAAGCGACACUAUAUCUCGGAAGAUAGCUGUGGCGGACAGUCCAGUUUCCUCACGCAGAUACCUAAUCCGGCGGGUGGGCAACAUAUCGUAUACAUUUCCGACUUGUGGUUUGCUAUAAGCACGAAUCAAGGAAGAGCGCCGCUGCAUCUGGAGCCUGUCAGCGUCGGGAACAGAACAAUCAGGAAUCUGACCUGCCCAGACUCCUUCGACCUUGACGUCGUCGUCGGAAACGGCAAGUCUUCCUCUCCGAACCAGACCCGCAAUAUCGAUGCUACAUCGGGGAUGACUAGCUUCGACUACGCUUGCGAUCUCCCGCCUUUGAACAAUUGGCAGAGUGGGGCACGUAUACAAGCGUGGACGGUCAAUCAGUCUGGAAGCCUGUCGGAAGUCGGCUUCAACAUCGGUCAAUAUCACUCUGACGGCGGCCUUUCAGUGCAGCUGUUCUCCUUCCAGAAUGACAGCGACCUCCACGAUUCGGCGGACUAUGCGGGUCCGAUAAGCCCCUCGAGGGCGGUGUUCCCAAACAACCCCAUGAACAACUGGAACUGGCUCGCUAACGGCACAUACCUGGCAACGAACACGAGUUGGGCACUAGAGAACUACGUCCUCCGACCGAACGUCGCCGUCCAAAAGGGAGACCGCCUCGCGCUUAUCCUGAGACCUAUAGGCACCAUAUCACCGUACUGUUGUGCGUACAAGAAUGCCACCGGAGAGACGGGUCGCUUGGGCCUCGUCCGCAUGGGUGGAUCAGCUGUAAACCCGGACAGCACACCGGCGAGUUGGCUGGAAGAUGGGAAAGAGCUGAAGUUCUACGCGGUGGUCGAAUAG